ACCCCCUCUUUUGGAAUCCGAUUUCGCCGAAGCAAGUAACGCGCUUUUAACCGAACGUUUUCAGGAUGAAGAACGACAAUUUGGAGAUAAAUAGGACUGCUUUGAGGGUAAUGUUUGACCCCAAAGAAAUUAACAUACGCACGGUUGCUAGGAAGAUCAAACAUUGUUCGAAAGUAUACGUACCGCCGAACGAUGACGCCUUAGCGAUAAUAUCAUACGAUACACCAGAAGCCGCUGAAAAAGCAUUGAACAUACUUCGUUACAAUCCAGCAAUUAAAUUAAUUAAUUUUCACUUCCGACGGGUGGGCAACCCGACCGUAACCCUACAAAAUGGAAAUGAUGGGACGACGACGCCUACUCCAGCUACGCCGCAUAUUCCAGAAACGCCGCACUUUCAGCAGCUCCCUAACCUGCCGAAAUGUGCGAAAUGUUUUGCUUGGCCGGUAGUAAAACGAUGCAGCAUCUGUGGCACGAGUUAUUGCGAUGUUAAUUGCCAAAAGCAAGAUUGGCCGCUGCAUAAGGAACACUGCAUGCCCAAUCUCUUCCUCGAUCUUGCAUUGGAAGCAAUGGCAUCUCAAAUUACUGCGGAGCAAAAGAUGCAAUAUUAUGCUCAACAAAAGCCGCCAAUCGCAGCUUAUUCGCCAAAUCCCCUCGAGAAACAAGAAAAACUGAACGAGCCAGCAAAUCUCCAUCAAGAUCGUGAUCGUGCGUGUCAGCAGCAGGGCGAUCCACAGCAGAAAAGACUAGCUGUACAACCCGGCGAAAAGCAGCAAAACAAUAAGCGAUACGAUUCGAGUAAAGAGAAGGAUGGAACAUUGUUUCGACAGGACUUCCAGCGUGAAAACAGUCAGCAGGAAAAGUAUCAACAAAAGGAAAAAUCUCAACAAAUGCUGCCCCAGCAAGAGUCUGCACGGAAACAGUCUCAACAGGGCAAUGAGUCGCGUCAAAAACAGCCUCAAAAAGAGGCUCAACAGAAGCAAAUCAAGCAGGAGUUGCAAAAUCCUCAACAAAGACACCAGCUGCAAGAACCACAACAGAAUCAAUUGAAACAGGAGCCACAAAAGCACCCUGAACAAAAUCAGUUCAAACAGGAGCAAAAAAAGCAACCUGAAAAAAAUCAAUUGAAACAGGAGCCACAAAAGCACCCUGAACAAAAUCAAAUGAAACAGAAGCCACAUAAGCAGCCUGAACAAAAUCAGUUCAAACAGGAGCAAAAAAAGCAACCUGAAAAAAAUCAAUUGAAAAAGGAGUCACAAAAGCACCCUGAACAAAAUCAAAUGAAACAGGAGCCACAUAAGCAGCCUGAACAAAAUCAAAUGGAACAAGAGCAACAGCAGCAAAAGUCGCAACAAAAGCAGCCCCAGCAAGCGUCUCCUACAGAACAGCAGCAAUUACUGAACAAGCUUCCCUUGCGAGCCUUAGUUGCCAAGGCGAAGGAGGACAGUAAACGCAGAGUGCUGCGACAGGGUUCAUUUCCGCCAGUAGGCAGUGAGGUGAAGAUAGCGCACGUGGCCGAGAAUACAAUGUUUAUCUUCGAAUCUGGAUCUGAUUCGAACGGUCCGUCGAGCCAAUAUCUGAAGGUUGUGGAGCGUUGUUUCGUCGGAGGUGAAGGGGCCAAAAAGUAUUUGAUUCAAGCUCCUGUCGCUGGGGACAUAGUGUACGCCCCAUUUGAAGAGGUCUACUAUCGCGCGGAGGUGAAUGGUGUUGAAGGCGACACAGCGACCGUGUUUUUCACCGAUUUCGGAAACACGGAAACUUUGGAAUGGAAGAAUUUCAAAGAGAUCGAAGAUCCUGAAAUUAAAUACGCUGACCGUCUAAUUCACGAGGUGCAAAUCGAACAUCUGCCAACAUUUACCGACUUUGUCCGCAUGAAGCUUCAGGCCCUGGAGGGAGAAGCGUUCGAGCUCACAAAGAUAACCGACAUACCAAAUAGCAAGGCGAAGAAGGUGGAACUGCGUCACUCGAAGGAGCUUUACUUUUUGAGUGAAAUGAUACGCAAACUGUCCAAAGAUAAUGAUGAGCUUGAGAAGAAGCAAACUGCGUCUCCGGGAGAGAAAAUCGACACAGCUGAACAGACGGUAGCACCACCAGAUCCCAAAAGCUACGUCCCGGUAUCCAUAUCUGAGUUAUCGGAAGUGUGCAUUCCUUACGGCGAUGACAUUAAGUUGAUGAUAAUAGAUGCAGCGGAAGUGUAUGAUGCUGAGAGUCAUCGGCUCGCCGUCAUCGACAUUGCUCGAAAUGAUGCUUUUGCGAUGGUACUAGCUGAAGUAUGUAAAUAUGGUGAAGCGGACAGCAAUGUUUACUCACCGGAGGAAUUGCAUCAUCUGUGCCUUGUCCAAUGGGAUGGAAUCUGGUCGCGGGCUGUCCCAUUGGCCAUCGGAUCGAAGGAAGAGACAUCGAUCCCAUACUGCUUGCUGGAUCUGGGGAUUAUUAAAACUGUCGAGUCAAAGCACGUACGUCGAUUCCCAUAUGCCCUCAGCCGGAAGUUGUAUGUGGCCGACUGCAUUGUCCAAAAUCCGGAAACGCUUUGCAAGUUGGCAACCGCAGGUGUUCAGAACACGGAGCUGUUGACUGGUAAAAUAGUCAAGGUUAACGUUAUUCCGAAGAAAAACAAUUCCGAUGAGAAUGAGAUACAAGAAAUUCGGAUUAUCUCUGUUAUUUGAAACUGCCCAUUUAAGAGGUUUGAAUAGAGUUCCUUUAUGUUUUUUAAACUACAAUUUCAGUAUGAAGUACCAUAACAAAACUUGCCAUAAGACCGUUCAGUCCGAUAUUUUUCGGAGCGCAAUCGUCCCCAAAUUCAUAAUUGUUAUGUGAUGAAAUAAUCAGCUAUGUGAUGAAAUGUGAGAUUUCGUAUCUCGAAUCUAGCAAUGUUAAGUUUGAUAGCAAGCGCUUGGGAAGGAUUUGUUUAUGUUUCUACCAUUUGCCUGUCAAAGGAAUUUAACUGAUUAGAGACACGUAUGAAUUCUAAUGAAGUGACAGAACCUUUUAUCUAAAAUUCAAUGAUUUUUAUUGAGAUUUAAAAUUGGAA